GUGAGGGAGGGGGAGACGACUGAUUGUGAGCGACUGGGCGAGUCUCACUCUAGACAAAUUCAAAGUACAAGAACAGCUCAGACGAGCUCAUCGGGGAGACUUGGAUGUAGUUAGUCCGCGGAGACACACACACACGCGCGUCACCUGCUUUGGCUUUUUAUUUUAGGGAAUUACGGCUGCACGUUUUUUAGUGUAUUUAUGGUAAUGUGCAAUGCGUGAUGAUUGAGUUCAGUUUGGGCCACUUCUGCAAAGGGAUGACAGGACUUUCUCUCUGGUCUCGGAGUUUAAGUGCAUAUGUGAUAAUUAGUCUUCUCACAUUUGCCUAUUUAAAAUGAUCGCCGAAGGUCGCGUGCCGGUGCGACGCACUCGUUUAAGUCAUGCGCAUCUGUUCUUCUGCAACCGCGACUUGAUUUACAGAUAACUUUCACAUCUCGACUGAGUAAACCGAGACCGCAGUGAUGGUUUCAACUCGCGCGUUCUGACCAGCGGAGUAGUUUUGGUCCACUUAACAGGCGAGACAAACCGGACUAUGACUUGGUCGAAACUUUGGCGCGCGCUCCCGCGGACGACCCAGUGAGAGGCGUCCGAUCACCUUCGACCGAGCGCCGCGGAGGAUGCCGGAAAGCCCGUCGAACAACGGCGGCGCCAGAAUGCUCGCGCCACCGACUUCCAGCGACGACAGGCGGGUGGAGUUCGUGGCUCUCACCGCCGUCCACACGGAGAGGAGCGAACCGUCCAGCCCGGAGCGCGGACACCCGUCGAACCGCACCGGUCUGCUGGGGACCCCGCUGCCCGGGCCGCCGGGCCCCCGGGCCAACACGUCCGCCUCCAACAAGCGCUACCGAAAGUUGCAAAACUGCCUGUACAACGUGCUGGAAAGACCGAGAGGAUGGGCGUUCAUCUACCACGCGUUCAUUUUUCUGCUGGUGUUCAGCUGCUUGGUGUUGUCUGUGUUCUCCACCAUCCCCGACCACCAGAGGUUUGCCAACCAAGGCCUCUUCAUCCUGGAGUUUGUGAUGAUCGUGGUGUUUGGGUUGGAGUACUUCAUCAGGAUCUGGGCAGCUGGCUGUUGCUGCAGAUACCGCGGAUGGCAGGGACGGCUGAGAUUUGCCAGGAAGCCUUUCUGUGUCAUAGACUUCAUAGUGUUCGUGGCUUCGCUGGCGGUGAUAGCGGCCGGGACGCAGGGCAACAUCUUCGCCACGUCGGCCCUGCGCAGCAUGCGCUUCCUGCAGAUCCUGCGGAUGGUUCGUAUGGACCGUCGGGGAGGCACCUGGAAACUACUGGGCUCAGUGGUUUAUGCUCACAGCAAGGAGUUGAUCACCGCCUGGUAUAUCGGUUUCCUGGUCCUGAUCUUUGCCUCCUUUCUGGUGUACCUGGCUGAGAAAGACAUCAACUCAGACUUCAACACCUACGCAGACUCCCUCUGGUGGGGGACCAUUACCCUAACAACCAUCGGCUACGGUGACAAGACGCCUCGUACUUGGCAGGGACGGCUCCUCGCCGCCGGCUUCGCUCUCCUGGGAGUCUCCUUCUUUUGCACCCCCCAGGGAAUUCUGGGGUCAGGCUUUGCCUUGAAGGUUCAGGAGCAGCAUCGACAGAAGCACUUUGAGAAGAGGAGGAUGCCCGCCGCCAACCUGAUACAGGCUGCGUGGCGUCUCUACUCUACGGAUGCCAAACACUCCUAUUUGACAGCUACAUGGUACUUCUACGACAGCAUGUUGCCUUCCUUCAGAGAACUGACGCUACUGUUCAGUCACCUCCAGCGACAGCGUAACACCAAGAAGGUCCUCCCCAGCUCCUACCACACGCUGCUGUCUGGGCUGCGGCCCUACAGCCUCCCCUACCUGUCAGGGGACAGUCAACUCCUUUCUAAAAAACGGGGUUUCUUCCGGAUUCACGCCGGCCGCAAGCAGAGCAGUAAAAUGGGCUUCCGGGAUCGGAUCAGGAUGAACAAUUCCCGAUCCUCCCAAACCAUUAGGAGCAAGGGGUCACCGCUGCCCCCGAGCUCCGGUGUCCGAGGCUCCCCCAGCCAGGAGAACGUCCCCGAGGCCAUCAGCCCGGGGAAGGUCCAGAAGAGCUGGAGCUUCAACGACCGCACGCGCUUUCGCACCUCCCUCCGCCUUAAAACGCGCCCUCCUGUCGAUGUGGAGGGGGUCGGGGAGGACAGUGUAGAAGACAAACCGUAUUGUGAUGUGUCCAUGGAGGAGGUAAUCCCGGCAGUGAAGACACUCAUUCGGGCUGUAAGGAUCCUAAAGUUCCUCGUGGCCAAGAGGAAGUUCAAGGAGACGCUGCGUCCCUACGAUGUGAAGGACGUCAUAGAGCAGUACUCUGCUGGACACCUGGACAUGCUGGGCCGCAUCAAGAGCCUGCAGAUGCGGGUGGAUCAGAUAAUUGGGCGAGGAGCCGUUCAGCCCGAUAAGAAAGCGCGUACUGAAAAGGGAGAGAAAACUCCUCCGGAACUGGACCCACUGGAUGAGCUGAGCAUGAUGGGUCGCGUUGUUAAGGUGGAGAAACAGGUACAGUCCAUAGAGAACAAGUUGGACCUCCUGCUCAGCUUCUACUCCCAGUGCCUCAAGAAAGGCUCGUCCCACUUCACCCUGUCCUCCCUCCUGGACCCCGAGCUGACAUCUGACUACCACAGCCCCACGGACCAAAGAGACCUCUUCCCCUCCGCCAACACCCUCAACAUCUCUGAGAGCGGCAACUUGGAGUGACAUUGAGCUGAGCAGUCUGCAACAAAGACACCAGACCCUCUACAGUACGUCUUGCUGCGGCGGAGUCCACCCUUGAUGGCGUCAAUCACUUCAUAUCUGUCCGGGAUCAUUGAUACUCUUCCAUCUCAAUUCUUUUAGCCUCAAACCGUGUUCCCGAAGUGGACGUGUUCCCAGAGCGGAUGCAAACAGAGGCCACCAGGGGGCUCCACCUGUCAAGGGGCAGCAGCCAAAGCUGCUCCCCGAACACACCUCUCAGCCCACUGGAUGAGGAGGACGGUGAAGACGACUUGACUACUGAACCUCCUUCACCUCUCCUUCGCCAGCUGUAGAUAAUCAGACGUUGAAAGUUUUGUAAAUCUUUGGGGAAAUCUUGCCCCCCUCCGUGCUUUCCCCCUUCGUCAUUUAGUUUUUUUCUUGGCUGCUUGAAUCAAAUGAACGAGUCCGCUGACUCAGUUGUCAUAAACAGUGCGGCAAGUGCCACGCCAGUCAUCCGUCCACCUUGGGGUGACUCUGAUGAAUGUAAUAGGUCCCUCCUGCAAAUUCCCCACCACCAGGCAAACGGUUACGCACCAACCAACGGUUACGCUGCCUAAAAGUGCACGGGAGGCCUGUGCUUAUGUAGGAUGGAGCUUUUCACAAGUCAAAAAUCCCAUGAAAUGUUCUGGAGGUGACUGAACCUCCCCGAUGUGUUUCAGUCAGGUAAAAUAGUGUUUCCACACGCCCACUUUAAACCUCUCUGUCUUGCAGCCCGCUCCCCAGAUAUGCAUGUUACUUUAGACGAAACCUCGCGGCUGCCCAAUUAUGUUUGGUUCCAUUCAUGUCACACCUUUCUGCACUGCUGCCCAUCGCUCGCAUCUGACCCCCGGGUCAGGUUUUCCGUGUCAGCCGGUCCGCCUCUCCCUCGCCAUAGUCCUCACGGUCACCAGGCGGCCUGCCAUCAUGCAGCAGCUCUGGAGAUGACGCAGAAACCUUUUUGGCCACUUUUAAACAACCUGAAAGGUGUCUAGAUCCAACGCAGGAACCCGUCUUAAGAGGUGGUUCCAGCCGCACAGCUUGACUAUAAUCACAGGGUGCAGGUUUGACACCCAAGGGUGUCCCUGACUGUUGUUGCCUGUCCACGUUACUCUCUUCUGUCUUUUCUGGUUCAUCGUUGGGGGUGUUUGAUGCACAGUUAACGCUCUGCGCUUAUGGACAAAACUGGACAGUGCACAAAAGCACACACAUACACACAUUCACAAAGAAAGAAAUUCCUUCACUUAAAUACUUUGGCACUUGAUGAAUAUUUUUGUUUUGUUUUCUCUUUUUGACUUGAUUUGAUUUCUGUAAUUAUGUUAAACACUCCAUAUUUUGUAAACUAUAAUGGCAGAAGUCUGUCUUUUUAAUUAUUUUGGUUUUUAGAGUGAACGUAGGAUUUAUGUUAAUAUAUUUCAGUUAGAUUGUUAAAUACAUGUAGCAUUGUUGUCACGUCGAAUCAUGGAUGACACAACUGUAACUACACACAGCUGAUCAGGUUCAAGCUCACCACUCAUGUAUUUUCCCCGUCAUCAGAUAAUCGAUGCCAGCUUUUUGCAAGUAACAUCAGUUCUUUUUAGAAGUGAUUCAUUUAUAUGUUCCAGUCCGACCAGGUGACUCAGGUGCUCCAUUUUCCAGUGAAUGUACUUACUUGGUUGGUCUCCUUAGAUCUAUUCAUGCAACGGGGAAUCAAAUGGAACGUAAUUCUUUGCAUUUCUUUCAUAGAAGACCUUUUUCCUUUAGCCUGAACUAUAGCAAACUGAAUAGAGGCAUUAUUAGACUGACCAGAGCUGUCACUUUACUGUCACCUGGAAUGUUGAGCUUCAUGAAAAUAUGAGACCACUGUAUUGCAUGUUAGUGGUGGCCCCAGUAUUAGAAGAAAAGAAUAACGUAAGAAUGUCUCUUGUGGAGUCUUGGGUAUAGACAUGAAAGGAAAUGACCUGUGCCUUCGAUGUCCUCGUUCUGUAACACGGUGCGGCUUCCUGUCUCAUACGGAAAUGUCGCCGCUGCUCGGAGGAAGUGUUUCACGGGAGUUUCACACACGAACCGCUGUGCUCCCCCUUUCUCCAAACAUCAAGCUAUCUAAAGAAAGAUCAUCAUUCAUCUGAAUAUGAUGUAAUUGUUGUUGGAAUUAGUUUUUUUACACGAAUGCUGCAACUUCUUGGCAUUGCCUGGGAAUUUGACCGUACGUCCGGCACAUCAUUGCAUCUCUACCGGCACCUCGUGGCAUCGAGGCCCUUACAGUAUUUGUCACAGGAAACUGUGCAGGCAUGCGUCCUUUCAUAAGCAUGUCACAUAGAGAGAGAAGUAUGGCUUCCACACAACUACCUCUGAGGCCACUAGGGGGCGCUAGUCUAGAAAAACCAAGUAUGACAAACAGUAACUGAAUGUCUAACUGACUAAAUGCUAUGCAUGACUCAAUCUGCACGUUGUCUCUGUCACGCUGUUCUUCUUCAUGACGGCCUUCCAUCCAUCAUUCACUGACUUGCUGCCGUUUGACAUUCCAGCUCGUUGCCCUUUAACUGCUCUUAGGUAUUGGAACUGUUGUAAAAUGAAACUGAUCAAAGCAAUAAGAAAAAUGCUAAAGCCAACAAAGUCUUCCGAUUCCAAUCGAUGUAGCUGCUGGUUGAUGAAAUAUGGCGCUUAUGUUAUCUUCUAAUCAAACGGACACCUCGAUUUGAUCUUUCAAAGAGGAACAAAAAUGAGUUUCUACUGAGGAUAAUAUCAGCUCACCUGACUAACUUAUUAAUUUAUUUGUUUCAAUAAAGUUCUUUGGACUGUA